CCACGUUUCAAGAUUAUCUGAAAGCCACCAUCAAACAUCCUUAAAUGGCUUUUUAUUAAGAUGUCGGAACUCGAUUAUGGUAAUAGCGAUGAUGUGCACGAAAGCUCAACAGCCAGUACAUCAAAGCAAAUACCAAACAACAACACGGUAAAGGAAGCACAUUCAUUAUUACUCAUAUGGAUACACGGAUUCAAGGGAAGCGAUAAAUCAACAUUUGCCGAUUUUCCAGAUAGGGUUUCACAUAUGGUCUCGCAAACAUAUCCAAAAUUAAACGUGAGAUCAAUCAUUUAUCCAACAUACGAAACACGUGGAUCCUUGGCAAAAGCAGUGGAACAAUUUGUAGAUUGGUUAACGACAAAGACGGUUGAAAUAGAAUGUGAACCACCAGAUGCGAAUGAUCCAAAAAGUGAACCUUUAGGCGCUGGUAGCGUAAAGAUUAUCCUUUGCGGUCAUAGUAUGGGUGGCUUGGUAGCCGUUGAUGCUGCUUUAGAGAUUGCCAAAAGUGGUGGAAUAAUGCAUGGACAUGUUUGGCCAAGGGUGUGUGGAGUGCUCGCAUUUGAUACGCCAUAUUAUGGUGUUCAUCCAUACGUCUUCAAGAAUACCGCAACAAAGAUGCAUGGUUAUUAUCAAACAGCACAAAAGCUAUCCACUCAACUUUCACCCGUAGCAGGUGCACUUGCAGGAUGGUGGGGUGGAUCACAAGCAAGCAACGCGCAAUCCUCAUCUUCCUCACGCAUCACAUCUGGCCAAGACAGCUCCCAGAAGAACAAAAGCGCAGGUUCGUUCUGGUCAUCAGCACUUCUUGCAACGGGUGCAGUGGCACUGGCUGGAGGUGCGGCAGCUGGUACAAUUUAUGGCGGUGGCUGGAAGUACUUGAAUGAUCACUUUUUAUUCGUAAGUAAUUUAUGGGACGACAAAAAUCUCAAAGCUCGACUAGAUGCAGUGAUUGAUCUGCCGCAAAUAUUCUUUCAUGCCCUUUACAAUCGUUUACCUCCGCUCAAUGAUGGCAGCCUGAUAAAUAUAACAAGUAGAAAUGUUCCCAGAACAUUCAUCAUUCUUCCGCCAGCCAAAAGUCGAGCGCUGGAUUCAUUUGAAGCGGUUGACAAUAAAACAGCUUCUGAUGAGAUUGACGCACAUACGACAAUGUUUUAUUCAACAUCUUCAUCUUAUUAUCAUUUGGGCUUACGUACGGCUGCUUUGAUCGUUCGUUGCAUCGACAAUGAGCAAAAAUACGGUGACCAAAUUCAUUCACAACAGGAAGGUGAUCAAGAGCAUGGUUCGCGUAUGCAUGAUGAUGAGGAGGCACCACCGACCGAAGCACCGCCUCCGCCUUCUGCUGAAGAACAAGCACAACAACAACAAGCCUAGAGUGGAACAAGAUGCUUUUUUUGCUUAUGCUACCCAUUUUAUGUACUCUAUUCAUCCCCUUCAAGGUUGUAUUAUAAUAUACAUUGCGAAAAACGCACGAGAAGUAAACAUUUGUACAAUACAGUAAAUUUCUUCCUUUUAUUUCAUUAUGAUCUUGCAGUCUCA